CCGCCUCCUCCUGCAGCUGCCGUCGCGCAGUGGCUGGCUCUCCCAGCAAGAUCGGGCGACUGGGAAGGCGCCAUGGCGCUGCCGGAGCCGCUGAGCGCAGCGCAGCUGAAGCGCCUCGAGCAGCACCGCUACAACGCGUCCGGGCGCUCGCUGCUGGAGCCGCCGCUGCAGCGCUACUGGACUUGGCUGCUGGAGAGCACGCCGCUCUGGCUGGCCCCCAACGCCAUCACGCUCGGCGGCCUGGUCUUCAGCGUCGUCCCUACGGUGGUCCUCAUCUACUACUGCCCUAGAGCCACUGAGGAGGCUCCUCCUUGGAUAUUCCUCUUUUGUGCAUUAGGACUCUUUAUCUACCAGUCUCUGGAUGCAAUUGAUGGAAAGCAAGCCAGAAGAACAAAUAGCAGUUCUCCUUUGGGAGAAUUGUUUGACCAUGGGUGUGAUUCUAUUUCCACAGUAUUCGUUGGUGUUGCAGGCUGCAUUGCAGUUCGCUUGGGAACAGAUCCAGACUGGUUCUUUUUCUCUUCCUUCAUUGGGAUGUUCCUGUUUUACUGUGCUCACUGGCAAACCUACGUAUCGGGGGUGCUCAAAUUUGGCAAAAUUGAUGUGACUGAGUCUGAAAUAGUCAUAAUGAUGGUCUUUUUGUUAUCCUCAUUUGGUGGAACAACAAUGUGGGAUACAAAGGUCCCUGUGCUAGAACUACAGCUGAAGAAAAUAAUUGUUGUUGGCGUAGUGUUUGGGGCAGUAUUUUCAAGUUAUAAUUAUUUCCGAGUAAUCUUUGGAGGAGGUGUGGGGAAGAAUGGAUCUACAAUAGCGGUAGCACACAUGACAAAAAGUGAGAUCUUCCUUCAAGACACUGCAUUCAUUGGGCCAGGCCUCUUAUUUCUAAACCAGUACUUCAAUUAUUUUAUUGAUGAAUAUAUUGUUCUGUGCAUAGCACUGUUCAUCUCGUUGAUUGAUUUGCUGAGAUACUUCACUGGAAUAUGCAUACAGAUUGCUGCUCACCUUCACAUACAGGUCUUCAAGCUCUCAUCUCAACAAGCUCCUGAACAGGUUCAGAACCAUAAUGAGUGACUUAUAGCUAAAUGCGAAGAGGAGGAUGAGGAGGGGGAAAAGCUGAAUUAUGGAAAAUACUUUUUUUAAAAGAAAUAUGGACCUGAAGGCUUUUAAAGAAAACCAAAUAUAUGGAGGAGUUCAUAAAGUUUCAAGUUAUACUAAGACUUGUAGUUAGUUUGAUCAGGACCAUAGAGUUUAAGGAAGCUUUUGAAAAAAGGUAACAGAUCCCUGCAUAGAAAUUCUGUGUAGACACACAUGCUUGAAAGUCUAAUGUAGGGGACCACCAGCAUGGGCUAUUCCAUAAACAGAUUUGACUUUUUAGGAGAGUAACUUUACCAGUAAUAAUAUAUAACAACAUAAAUAGAGUAGCCCAUUUUGUACAUUCUAUAACUUCUUGGGCUUUCAAGAAAUGUUACUUCUUAAUGGCUAAAAAAUUAACCAAUAUGCCUAAAGAAAUCAGUGAUUAAAAGGAUAUGGUGUUCUAUUAGGGCCAUGAAACAUACAGUUUGCAGUUUCCCCUUUCAGCUGAAGUCCAUGGUAGACAGAAACAUUUAAACAUGUUCCUCCUCUGGCAACUGCCACACCUUUUUUCCCUUUGUUAAUACUGUGUUUGCUUUUCAUCACAUCAGUGUGCAGGGUUGGAUCCCCUAUUCUGCCAUUGCAAAUUUUAACUCCCUGGGCAGCGGUUUAUAAAGAAAACUUGGGGGUGGGUGGAGGGGGAGAGAAACUACUGCAAAUGAGUCUUGGACAUAAGAUGGAGAAGGGAAUCAUUAACCUCUUUUUUAAAAUGUGAAGCCAUUCCAUUUCUGAACAUAAUAUAAUCUGGUCCAUUACAUUUAAAGCAACACAAAUUCUAUUUUCCUUUACAAAAAUGUGUUAUAUAUAUUCUUUGGGAUUAUAUACCUGUACUUUUUGGUGUGACAUAGACAUCAACAUUUGUAUUUAGAAUAUAUAUUUGCAAAGCAAGCAGUAUGUGCUCUUCCUGUUCUUUUGAAUGCCUACGUCACUAGAAAAAUUUACAGCCACAGUUCUUUCCUUUGUAUUGUUACAUGACAAUUUGUCUUUGCAUGUAACACUGAGGCAUUAAAUCUGUUAAUUUAUGGUCUUUCAAAAAUAUUCUUAGGUUAUGGGAAGCACAUAUAAUGAAUUAGUAGGAACUAUAACUGCAUAUAUUCAAUUUAAUGGAAAUCAUGCUUGAUUUCAAAAAAUGUGUUACAUCUUAGCUUUGACGCUGUACAAAAAAAGCAGUUGUAGAUACUGUCAGGAGCUUGAUUAUUUUUAAAAUAUUGUUCUCUGAUUUUACUGCUGGUUUCUAUGGUACACUUCCAUUAGGGAAUGUGUGUUAAACUAUGAAAAUGCAAAUUACUUUUAAAAUUUUUGUUUUAUAAGCUCACUGAAUCAAGCCUUUGAUAUUUCAGAUGAUAAGAAACUUCAGCUGGAAGUAGUGCUUUCUUACUCUAUAAAGCUUUAUUCAAUAAUCACUGCAUUAGUACUUUAACAGUUUUAAUUUAAUUACAUAAACCAGUAUUUCCAAAACAUUAGGUCUGAUGUAUUGAUUUAUUAGCCCACAACUUUGCUUGCUAAAAGUACGUCGUAUCACUUAUUACUACUUUCAAAUUAUUACAGUACUAAAUCUGGAAAACAUAUACUGUGAUUUACAAUAGCAAGGAAUUUGUAAACAGUAUUGUUCAAUUCUCACAUUAAAGCACUUUAAUGUGUGUGAUAACGCUUUUUUCCCCUAGCUUUUAGGAAUUUUUCAUUUUGACUUGAAAAUUCUAUUAACUACUGUGCUUAAUUAGGCAUCAGUCUAUAGGUAUAUUGAAGUUUACAAAUACUAUCACAACCCAGGCAUUUAUAUUUGUAAUUUGAAAAUGAAGGAAUAUUGUGCAGAUAUGUUAAGAUUAAAGAACCAUAAUAUUGUGAAAAUGAAAAAAACAGUAAUUGCUUCUAUUACUUGUCAAUUUCUCUGUUGUUAACAAUGAAGAAGUAUUCAGACCCAUGUAAUUUUUAAAAUGGCAUGUGAAAUAGUAACUCCCCCCAUCCCACCCCACGAUGGCUAAUGUGUAUAAUUGUAUGAUGUUACUUAGGUACAAGUUGUUUCUCCAUUGAUCCAUCAGAAUAACAUGGACUGAAGAGAUUUGCGAACAGUUGCCAUCUCUUGCUGUUGCUGUUAUAAGAAAAAAGAAAAAAAUAUUGAUCAAAUGCAACAUUUUGUAUCGCAGAACUCUAACUUGUGAAUUAUAAACCAUGUCUAUUUUUUUCUAUUUAAGUGUUCUAUUUUAAAAUGUCAUUGAAGUUUUCAUAAAUCAGUAUUAAUA